UCAUAUUUAUAGAAAGGCUGGUUGCAUUCUUCUUCAUUAUGCCUACUCCAGCUUUAUAUAUGAUUCAAACAAUGAGGGAAUGGAGGAGGAGACAGAGGCAAAGUGGUUCUAGACAGGUAACCUAUUCUGCAUAGAAGAGGAAACGUGUGUGUGUGUAUAUAUAUAUAUAUACACUGAUUACAAAAAGCAAGAUUAUGCAGUUGAAAACAACUGAAGAUAUUGCACUAUUGCACAAAAAACCCACAAAGAAUCAAUGCAAAUGAAAGCGGUGUAAUUUCAAGAUUGCUUUGGGAAGAGGAAGACAGGAAUAUUUACAGUUGCAAGCAUUGCAUGAGGGCAAGUCGGAACAAGGGUUAAACCCUUCUCAAACUGAGGAAGGGGGGAGAGUGAGAGCAGAGCACACACUGCUCCUUCCACCCCCAGGGCACACUCACCCCUCCUGUCCUGUGUGAUUCCAAAGGAAGACAGUUACCCCUGUAGGGGCACUGGGUAGAGUCCUGUGUGUGAAUUGAACUGUGCUUGUUGCUGAAUAUGGUUCUAUUGUGGAUUUUGGGAACUCUUUGCAGCCUGACUAUAGCGCAGAACAAUCCGGGAUACCUGAUAACUGCUCCAUCAGUUUUCCGCUCAGGAGUUGAAGAAGCGGUGAGUGUUACCAUCUUCAACACACGAACAGAAACCAAGGUCCAGGUGAAGCUGGUGGUGAAGGGUGAGAAUGUAGCAUCAGGUUAUGGAUCAGUAUUAGAUAAAGGCACAGUGAAAAUCAAGGUUCCACCAGGACUGAGAGGACAAGCUCAUCUUAAAGUUUGGGGCAAUCGUCAUUUAAAUGAUGGUGGAUUUAUUUUCCACAAUUCUACCACUGUAACAGUGGAUAGCAAAGACAGCCCAAAGCUCGAUACUAACCCAUUACUAUGCUUUGAAGUGAACCUUCUCCGUAGGGGAUACCUGAUAACUGCUCCAUCAGUUUUCCGCUCAGGAGUUGAAGAAGCGGUGAGUGUUACCAUCUUCAACACACGAACAGAAACCAAGGUCCAGGUGAAGCUGGUGGUGAAGGGUGAGAAUGUAGCAUCAGGUUAUGGAUCAGUAUUAGAUAAAGGCACAGUGAAAAUCAAGGUUCCACCAGGACUGAGAGGACAAGCUCAUCUUAAAGUUUGGGGCAAUCGUCAUUUAAAUGAUGGUGGAUUUAUUUUCCACAAUUCUACCACUGUAACAGUGGAUAGCAAAGGUUUAUCUUUAUUUAUACAGACUGAUAAACCAGUGUAUAAGCCCAAACAGAAAGUGCUUAUCAAUAUGUACAUGGUGACACCUGAUUUGCGCCCUGCCACAGAAAAGGUUGAAGCUUACAUAAUGGAUCCACGUGGAUCUAGAAUUACUCAAUGGACAGACCUAAAUCCAAUUUGCUGUGGUAUUAUCAACAUGAGUUUUCCUCUCUCUGACCAGCCUGUUUUUGGGGAGUGGUUGAUUUUUGCAGAAACCCAAGGGCAUGUGUUUAACAAAUCAUUUGCUGUGCAGAAGUAUGUGCUUCCAAAGUUUGAGCUGGUUAUAAGUCCUCCUUCCUUUAUUCGGGAUAUAAAUGUUUGUGAAAAAGCUAAAGUCUUGGCAAGAUAUACAUUUGGGAAGCCAGUGAGUGGAUUACUAAUGAUUAACAUGACUGUGACGGGUGUUGGAUACUACAGACAUGAGAUAGGGCAUCAGGUUCUUAAAACCAUGGAGAUUUAUGGCUCAGCAACUUUUGACAUAUGUGCAAAAGACAUGAUGCCAGUUGAUUUCUCAGAGCAUUUUCGUGGGACAGUGAAUAUUUGGGCAACUGCAACUGCUGUGGAUGGAAGCAAACAGGUCACUUUUGAUGAUACCACUCCAGUUCAGAAGCAACUGAUUGAUAUCAAAUAUACCAAAGAUACACGCAAACAGUUUAAACCAGGCCUCCCCUACCAAGGAAAAGUUGAAGUUACAUAUCCAGAUGGAAGUCCUGCAGAUGGAGUGACUGUGCGAAUGAAGGCUGAACUUACCCCAAAGGACAAUGUAUAUACCAGUGAGCUUGUAUCCAAAAACGGUUUAGUUGAGUUUCAGAUACCAUCUAUCCCAACAUCAGCUCAGUAUGUAUGGCUUGAGACCAAAGUUAUAGCCAUUGAUGGAAAGUCUUUAGAAGAGCAAUAUUUGCCAAACUACUUGUCCAUAAGUAGCUGGUACUCUCCAAGCAAGUGCCACCUUCUAAUUCAACCACCUGAUAAACCACUGCUGGUGGGUGAGGAUGCCCUGAUUGCUCUCAAGUCCACCUGUCCAUGUAAUUUCACUUUGCAUUACGAGGUGGCAUCUCGUGGAAACCUAGUGCUUUCUGGAAAGCAGUCCACAAGUAUCACUCUACAGAGGGCAAAAAGAUCAUCAUCUGUUACCUUUGACAAGGAUUUAAACAUUACAGCAGAGAAUGAAGCAGCUCCAACAGAUCUCUCAUCUACGGACUCCGAGGUGUGGAUGACGCAUGUUCACUUCCCUGUUACUCAUGUUAUGGCCCCUCUGAGCCGUUUAUUGGUUUAUUAUGUAAGGGAGAAUGGAGAAGGAGUUACUGACAGCACCCAAAUUCUGAUUAAACCAGCUUUUGAGAACAAGGUUUCCAUUGCCCUUUCUUCCAAUGACUCUAAACCAGGUGAUGCGAUCAAUAUUAAAGUAAAAGCUUCCAGAGGAAGCUGCGUGUGUGUGUCCACCGUGGAUAAGAGUCUGUACCUCUUGCGCAAUGGUUUUCAAAUAACUCCAGAGCAGAUAUUCCAGGAACUAGCAACCUUUGAUGUGUCUGAUGCUUUUGGCACAGGAAAGGAAGAAGGACAUUUCUGGUGGCCAGGACUGGGUGCCCAGAGGAGGCGGCGUUCCUCAGUUUUUUCCUGGCAUUGGGACAUCACUAAAGAUGCACGCUUUGCUUUUACAGAGACAGGACUGGUUGUAAUGACAGACAUUGUCAGUUUAAAUCACCGGCAGAGUGAUGGUAUGUACACAGAUGAAGCUGUUCCAGCUUUCCAGCCACACACUGGAACAUUGAUAGCAUCUUCCCAUGCCAGAAUUACUCCUCGAUUUGAGAAGAGGAAAAGGACAUUCUUUCCUGAAACAUGGAUCUGGCACUGCUUCAAUGUCAGUGGUAUAACUGGGGAGGGAGAGCUGCGUGUAGAAGUUCCUGACUCUAUAACAACAUGGAUAAGUGAAGCGAUUGGUGUUUCUGAAGAAACCGGACUGGGAGUGGCUAAAGCAGCCAGUCUAAAGACUUUUAAACAAUUUUUUAUUGAUUUUACAUUACCAUACUACGUGAUACGAGGAGAGCAGGUUAAGAUUCCACUUACUGUUUACAAUUACCUACCCAUCAAUGUUGAGGUACAUAUAAAGAUCAUGAUCACAAAGGGUGUGAAAUUUGUAGGAUAUCCUGGAAAACAGCAUCUGAUUCGGAAGCUGUGUGUGGCUUCUGGAGAUACAAAACCCACAUCAGCAGUGUUCUCAUUUUCUGAAUUAGGAAUUGCAAACAUUUCAGCUAGAGGUCUGGCAUAUGCAGGAAUUAACUGUCUUGGAGAAGGAAGCAGUAGUCUCAAGAACAGCAAAUAUUCAGAAGACAUAUAUGGUGAGAGGAAAUCGCCAUCUGGGGUUGAUUUUGUCCGUAGAAGUGUGGUUGUUGAGCCAGAGGGCUUAGCCCGCGAAUACACAUACAGUGUCUUCUUAUGCCCAAAUGAGAAAAUUCAAAUUUCUACUCCCAACAAGUUUGAGUAUCAAUAUGUCCAGAAGCCACAGCGAAUGAGCCACUUUGACUUGACUGUGAAAGCACACAAUGAUGCUCACGUGGCGCUCUCAUCAGGACCCCACGACAUGGCUGAAAUGAUAGAGAUUGUUAUUGGUGGUCAACAGAACUCUAGAACUUGGAUAACAACCAGCAAGAUGGGUGAACCAGUGUCCAGUGAAAAAACUCCUGCUAUCCUAUCUUGGGAUGAGUUUCGAGCAUUCUGGAUUACCUGGAAAAAUGGUCUCAUCCAGGUAGGACACGGCACCAAAGGCUCUAAUGACUCUGUUAUCGUGGAGUGGGAAGCACUCAAGCAGCCGGACGUGAAGUUCAUCGGCUUUUCGACUGGCUGGGGUUCCAUAGGGGAAUUUAAAAUCUGGAGGAAGGAAGAGACAGAUGAGAACCACAAUGAGGCUUUUACACUGGGCAUACCGCACAAUGUAAUUCCAGGGUCUGAGAGAGCCACAGCUUCUAUCAUAGGAGAUGUAAUGGGUCCUACUGUAAGUAACCUGGAUAACCUCCUUCGACUUCCAUUUGGAUGUGGGGAACAAAAUAUGAUACAUUUUGCCCCAAAUGUAUUUGUUCUAAAGUAUCUUCAGAAAACAAAGCAAUUAUGUAUAGAAGUGGAGAAUGAAGCUGUGGACUACCUGUUGCAAGGUUAUCAACGACAACUGACGUACAAGAGACAGGAUGGGUCAUACAGUGCAUUUGGAGAGAGGGACUCUUCUGGAAGUAUGUGGCUCACAGCCUUUGUGUUAAAAUCAUUUGCACAAUCUCGUGGCUUCAUCUUUAUUGACCCAUUAGAGCUUUCAGCAGCAAAAGACUGGAUUAUCCAGCAUCAAAAGAGAGAUGGCUCUUUUCCAGCCAUGGGACGAAUUCUAAACAAGGAUAUUCAGGGUGGGAAUCAUGGAAAAAUUGCUCUCACAGCUUAUGUUGCAGCAGCUCUGUUGGAGACUGGAGUCACAUCUGAGGAUGAAAGAGUUGCCGUUUCAAAAGCCAAAGAAUAUUUGGAGACCCACUUAUUUUCAGCAAAUGACCCUUAUACCACAGCCUUAACUACAUAUGCUUUGACGCUGCUGCGUAGCUCUAAUGCUCCUGUAGCUCUUAGGAGACUAAACAACAUGGCUAUAACCAAAGAUGGCUUCACUCACUGGAGUUUGACUGGCUCAUUGGCAACAGAAGAGGACACCUUUAUGGGUUUUAAUGAUGGAUUAUCACAGUCAGUGAUCUCUGCAGAAGUAGAAAUGACUGCCUAUGCUUUGCUAACCUAUACCCUUCUUGGAGACGUUGCAUCUGCUCUUCCAGUAGUGAAAUGGCUUUCCCAGCAGCGUAAUGCCCUGGGAGGGUUUUCAUCAACACAGGACACAUGUGUGGCACUACAAGCUCUUGCUGAAUAUGCAAUCCUUUCCUACAUUGGGGGAGUUAAUCUCACAGUAUCUCUUGCAUCAACCAAUUUGGAUUAUCAGGAGACCUUUGAUCUUAACAGACUGAACAAAAAGAUCCUUCAGAAAGCAGUGAUUCCUACCAUUCCAACUGGUUUGUUUGUCAGUGCAAAAGGAGAAGGCUGCUGUUUAAUGCAGAUUGACGUUAAUUACAAUGUUCCUGACCCUGUUACCAAGCCAGCAUUCAUGCUUUCGGUCCAUCUCAAAGAACCAAAGCCACAUAGGCAUAAGAGACAAGCUGGGCGCCCAGAGACACUUCUCAGAGAGAGAGCACUUUUUGAGGACGAUGAUGAUCCUGGUUCACACCAAGACCAUCAAGAAUACAAAGUGAUCUUGGAAGCUUGCACAAGAUGGCUCCAUUCUGGUGCGUCUAACAUGGCUGUUCUGGAACUGUCUCUGCUUUCAGGAUUCCGAGCAGACAUUGAGAGUUUGGAACAGCUGCUGUUAAAUAAGCUUAUAGGGCUAAAGCGCUAUGAGGUUGAUGGAAGAAAGGUGUUGUUUUAUUUUGAUGAGAUACCAAGUCAGUGCAUGACCUGUGUACAGAUGCAAGCAUUUAGGGAAUAUAUUGUGGGGAAAACUUCACCAGUUCCUGUGAAAAUCUAUGAUUACUACGAGCCAACAUUUGAGGCCACCAGAUUCUACAAUGCUAGUGAAAGCAGCCCCUUGUCCCGAGAACUGUGUGAUGGUACCACUUGUAAUGAGGUGGAGAGCUCUACAAAUCAGUGGACUGGUUUCACUCCCACUGGUCCCUGUAUUGGUGGAUACCCAUGCCCGGAAGAGGAACAUUUUGAGCGCUGCUUGUGCUACCGAGACUGUGGAUAUGAUGGUGACCCAGUGUGUGGAUCUGAUAGUGUCCUCUAUCAGAAUCAGUGUCAGAUGGAAGUUACAGCAUGCAGAAAUAACACUAAAAUAGAACGCGUGGCAAUGUCACAUUGCAUCCCAGACGAAAAUGCUUCAGAAGAGGAAGCUUACACCGUUGCAUUACCAGAACAAGAACAGUCACAAGAGAAAACAGAGGAAGAGAUGCCUAUUCAGUUACCAGAGGACUCUUAUUAUUCAUACGAGUACGAUACCGAACCAUAUGCUGUUGACAGUGAUGAUGGCAUUGACCCUGCUGUGGAGCUUACAACAGUUUCUAUUUUGGCCGAGGACACAGGCAAAGUGAACACAUCGUCGAUCACAGAAUGGUAAUGGCACAUCUGUAACAAUCAAAUAGUCUCAUUAUACAAACAAUAGAUCUUCAUUUAAAUAUCUACUGCAGAACACUUACAAAAAGUAUCAUAUUCUUAGAAGUAGAAUCUAAACAGUGUGCUACUUAAUUUUCUACAACUAUUUUUGGUCUUUCUGUCACCUCCCUUUUUUUUUUUCUUUAAUAUAUUCAGAACAUUAAAUGCCCAAGAAAAUAAAAAUUGAUGGACAAGGACUGUUUCCAUUUGUAAAAAUCAUAUCUGGGGCAUACAACAAAAACCUUAUCUUGCUGGUUAUGAAACAUGUUUGUUAUUUUAUCAUUUUCCCUUAAUCAGCUUGAUAUCCUUUUAUUUUCUUUAUUAUGUUAUCUAUACUUUUUUGGAAGAAUAAACUUCACCAAUAGUUAAGAUAUAACAAAAGAAGAACAUUUUGAAGGUGCAACGGCAUAAAUUCUCUUUUACCAACAACCAAGAAGCCUCCUUUAAUUUCUUGAGUUAAAAGCAGUCCUCUGCUGACUUCACUCCAUCAUAUUGUCCCUUCAAAUAAUCUUCCUUUCUAAGCUUCCUGCUUAAGUUGUUCCAGCAAAUACAUCAGAGCUUCCGUGUCAGAACAGCUGCCCACAUGAUUUGCCAGAAGAAAUGAUGUCACCCAUAGUGACAAGACACAUGUAAUCCUAUCUUUAGGUCCCAGCUUCAUCAUCAUUUAACCAAACCUGUACUGUCGUCCUGUCAGAGGAUUUGUUCAUUUGUAUAUUUGUUUUACUGUUUGUUGUUUAUGUAUAUGAAAACCCUGUGCAGUUUAUUUUGAUCCAUUACUACAGAUCUGACAUUGGUGAGGACAUCAAGGUCUCUGUCCACUAUAAGAGAGUUCAAAUUUUUUAUUUAAUUAGUUAUCUUAGCCUUAAAGGAUUUUUUUUUACCUUAUGUUAUUUGGAUCCAUUCCCAGUAUUGGGAUAAAAAAAAGUGCAAAAACUGCAUUACAAUACAAAGUGUAAUUUAAGCCUAAGAGUAUUUUGUCAUACACUGGAUCUUAGGUAUCAAAAUUUUCUUAAAGAAACAUAGCUGACCGCAUUUGGCUGUCUAAUUUAUUUGCUGAACUGCACUGCACUGGAAAAUGUAGAUUCUGAAAGUGACAAGAAGGCCACUUUCUCUCUUGAAAUAGUUUUAAAACAUCAGUUACCCAACAUAAAUAGUGGAUUGUAGGCUGAUAAAAUGAUAUUUUUUUCACUCAAUGAUGUGUAGCAAACAAGUAUUUAUAAAGUACAUAAUAAGAGUCCUCCAAGCUCAUGCAGCAAGCAAGACGAAUUUGUUGACUAUAACCUAAUCAGUCUUAUGAAUUAUGAAGCUGAAGCAAACUUGCUGGAAUGAAAAAAGAAACGUAUCCAUCACAUAAUCUAAAAGAAAGGUUGAAAUAUAGGACAGUCACAUGUUUUCUAGUGUUAUUCAAACAAAUACAGUAAGAUACCAGCACUAAAAAGAACAUAUACUACCAGUUAAAUCUAUCACACCCCUUAAACAUUUUAUGGCUCAUUGUGUAACAGCAAUUAAGUAACUAAAAGGACUGCUAUUUUCCUCAAACUAUGCCACAUUUGUGUACAGGCUGUGUCUUGUACUGCAACUUACCCCCAUGUACAGUACGUAAAUGGAUGUAAGUUUAAAUACCAGGGAGAACCAAUUAACAGAUGUGGUGUUGUCUUUAGAAAAAGAGGAUCUUUUCUAAUAUCCUUUAAUUAAGCAUUGUUGACAUUGGUCAGUGAAAAAAAUCUUUAAAGAAGAUAUCCAGUGGACAAAAACAUAUCCCCUACCCACGAUCUCCCGUACAGGGCCCCAGCUCGGCUCUGCUCUUCUGAUGAUGUUUCCCACCCAGCAGUCAGCUGGUUGAAACACGCCCCCUCCAUUCAUCUCUAUGGGAGAGGCAGAGAACGCUGUGUCUCCACCUCCCAUAGAGGUAAAGGGAGGGGUCGCAUUUCGACGAGUGUUUUCGAGUAUGAGGCGCUCUUUAGUGAAGCAGAUCUCGGGCCCCGUAUAGGAAAUCGCAGGUAGGGGAUACAUUUUUGUCCACUGGAUAUCUUCUUUGAAGCAUAGCUGUCAUUUCAUGUAACUUCUCAGGAAAAUCUGUCCUUUUUGUGCACAUGAGGACCAACACUGUUUCUGGCCAUUAUGUAACUUAUAUAUGAGAUUUCAACCAGUUUUCCUCUCUGAAGGCUCCAUCUCUAAUUUUCAGUUGUCCCUGGGCCACUGGGUGGAGCACUGGUAUAAAUAAAAAAUGGCACUCACCUUAGAUACUAUAAAUCAGAACAAAUCUUUUAUUCCGGAUUGACACCCCGGCAGUAUAACAGACCAGCGAGGGGCAGCUGAUGCGCCUGCCGGUCUGUUAUACUGCUCUGCCUUCAAUCCGAAAAAAAAGAUAUGUUUUGAUUUACAGAGUUUAUAGUAAGUGCCAUGAUUUUUUUAUACCUCAUAUGUUGGAUGUUUAUCAAAGUGACAUGCACCUCAUACCGCUUAACACGAUCCACCCUGUAGAGAAGCCAUUUGAGCAAGCAUGUAUCUCAAACAAAUUAUUAGCAGUGCCCAGACCUGCUAGUGCUUUGUCUUUGAAGUAUCUGUUGGCUUCUUGCUCUCAUCAAUCACCCCCCCCCCUCCUCCUCUGUUCCAACUCUUUGCCCCUCCUAUCUAUAUGGACUAUAGGCAACAUGUAACAUAAUCCCUCAGUGAUAUAUGCUAGUCCCUCUUUUAAAGCCAAGAUAGAAGUGAACUGUUUUUCAGAGUGAAUGUUUGAGGGGGGGCAGAUCUGAUAGGAGGAGAAAGAAGCAUUUUUCGCUGAAAAUAUAUAUUACAGUUAAUUAUACUUAAAUAUCAGUUGGUUGUUCUAUUAGUUUGUGCAAUGUUUAUAGAAAUGAAAAUGCGUAUUUAAAGCUCAACUGCAAUGUGGGUCCAGUGGGAGGAUAUGUGUUUAAAUUUCCUGGCAACUUUAUAAGCCAAGACUUACUAAAGUGACCAAGCUAAAUGUUUGCUGAAAGUCCCAUUUACUUGCAUGGGAUUUCCGGCAAAUUUGUACAAUGGCAAGCCUCUGGCCACAAAGUUACUUAAAUAUAUAAACAUGUAUCCUGCCACCAGACCAACAUCGGAGUUUUGCUUUUAGUUUAAAGAUUUAUUUUAUUUUUAUUGCCAUUAAUAUGCUUUCGUUAUUAAAUGUUUGACAGCUUUUUUUGAUUUAGUAGAAACAUAUUUAUCAUCAAUUGCUCAAAUUUUUUCAGCUCUGUUAUGAAAAAAAAGGAAAAUAUACAAUAUACAUACGGUAUGUUUUGUGAGGAUCUAUACAAACAUAUGUGUCUCUAUGGUUACCUAUAUAAUCAUUUCCUGCUGUCUGUGGAUUAGCAAGAUGCAGAUCUCAGACAGAACGGAAGGAACAUGUAAUUGCUAUGUAAGAACACACAUGAGGGGCAGGACGGCAGAGGAAAAUUGAUACACAUAUUUUAAUUAAGACUAUUUACAAAACUGUUCCAUUAAUUAUUUUAUAAUGAAGGCAAUUUGCAAAGUUGCUUAUUGUUUUAUUAUUUUAGAUUCCUUAGAGGUAUUCCAGGAUUUUUUUUAUUUGACUAAGUUACAGGGGCUGUAAAGUUAGUGUAGUUCAUAAUAUAGUGUCUGUAUCUGUGUGUGAUGGUGAUCUCGCAAUUCUUAUGUGAUUUUCGCCCCAAUAUUUAUUUGUAACAGCAUACAAAAUUACUCAGGUCUCAGGAUUUCCCAGGCUACAGUGCUUCGAGACAUGAUCUCACUAGUCAGUUGUGCAAAGUCCUGCUUCAAUGGGUGGAGCGACCACUGGGUGGGAGAGAGAUAAUUUUGCAACAGCUGUAGGCACCCUGACUAGAAAACACUGGUCUUUUGAGUUUAUUUGUGCUGCAAUGGGUGGGUUGGCUGAGGUGUGGGAGGGAGGAAUGUAACUUCACACUAACAAGCAUGGAACUAUGGGAUGUGUAGUUUAAGAGACCAAACUCCAACAGGAAAUACCCUGUUCACAAAAAGAUAGCCCCUUUAAAACAAUGAACAAAGCGGUUGCAAAAGUACACACACCCCUUAAGAGUUCAAGUGGUAGUUCUUUUUAAAAGACUUUGCUUUACAAGAUACCACCUUCUGUGAUUCAUGUAAAAUAAUAUAGUAUGGAUGGGAUGAUGUGCUUUCUUUCAGAAACUAUCUUUAUAUACUGCCCUACACCUACAAACACCAGCUUAGAUUACAUAAGUCUUAGACUCUGUUCAUACUUCCAUUUGUAGCCUCCAUUGGCAGUUCCAACAGAUUUAAUGGGAAGAAAAGCACUUCAUGCAGGACUAUUUUUCCUUUCAAAAUGACAAACCCCACAGUGGAACCCAACAGACUCCAUUGUAAGUCAAUACAGCAGUGCAUUCUGUUCCCGUUAAAAUGGACACUAUAGUGCAAAUGGAAACAGAGCCUUAAAUACACACUUGGGAGUUUAUUGCUUGAAGAUCCAAUGCCAGUCUAGGCAUUUGAAGGGAGACUUUUUGGGAAAUGAAUGAUUGCUAAUUUUAUUAUGCUAUCUUAAUCCCAACAGAUAACUUAAUGUAUAAAAUAGUAUGUUAAAUUAUAUAAAAUUCUACUGUCUUUCUUAAUACAUGUAUAUAAAUUUAAAUGUAAAACAAAAGCUGUUAUUUUUUACCUUUCUUGCCAAAGUGGUUGUAUUUGUUUAAGAUUUGUGGAAUUUUUGGGCCUGGGGACUGGGCAAGAAAUAAAGGCAUUAACCUUUUUUUUUUAUCUGUAUACACUGAAAUAUAUUUUACUCAUUUGCUAGUAUCCAGCAGCAACUUUAUUAAGUGUUACUAGUGAUCUACAAAUGGACAGUCUGAUACGAAGUGCUAGUGAAUGUGCUGCUCUCUGAUGUGUUUUAAGCUUUUGCUGUUUGUUUAUGGUAGAUCUGUAUAUUACCGCAUAUGAAUUUGAUUUUGUAUUUGAUCAAUGCAGCUUUACUUACUGUCCCCACACUCGCAUCUUUUCUGAAAUAAAUUGUUUACAAACUCUG